AAUGUGAAUUUGGUAGUUGCAGCGCUGAUUUUGAAUUUGAAUCUCUUCUUCUCGCCUAUCCUCUGUGUGGAGAGCAAAUCAAUAUAAAAGCAAUGGAGUGUGAUGCUUCUUGUAGCAUGGUUUACUGUGGGAAGUCCUCUGUGGAAGAUGAAAUAGCAACGCGUUUGAAGAAAGACAACGUGCUUAAGCUCCCAGAUGAUACCCAAGUUUCACUUUUGUUACAAUCUGAGGAUGAGGCUGAGACUUUAUUACUCAAAGAUUACAGUUCAUUUGAUCUUUCACUCUUCAUGGACUCCCUUACUGCUCGUCGGUUUGGUCGGUUUCUCAUUUGGUCUCCGCGCUUAUCUACCACUCAUGAUGUUGUUUCGCACAACUUCUCUGAGCUUCCACUCGGUGCAGUUUGCGUCACAGAUGUCCAGUUCAAGGGCAGAGGCAGAUCAAAGAAUGUGUGGGAGUCUCCAAAGGGUUGCCUUAUGUAUUCUUUUAAUCUAGAAAUGGUAGAUGGUCAAGUUGUGCAUUUGAUUCAGUAUGUAGUAGGUCUCGCUGUGACCGAGGCAGUGAAGUCUGUUUGUGACAAGAAGGGGUUGCCUUACAUUGACGUUAAGAUAAAGUGGCCAAAUGAUAUAUACUUGAAUGGCCUUAAGGUUGGAGGCUUUUUGUGUACCGCAAGGUACAGAUCAAAGAAGUUCGAUGUCAGUGCUGGUGUUGGACUGAAUGUGGACAACGAGCAACCAACCACAUGCUUGAAUGCAGUACUAAAAGAUCUGUCUCCCACAUCAGAUGUAUUUAAAAGAGAAGAACUUCUUGGUGCCUUCUUUGAUAAGUUUGAAAUGUUAUUUGAUCUACUCAUGCGCAGAGGAUUUAAAUCUCUCGAGGAGCUUUACAACAGGACAUGGCUUCACAGCGAGCAAAAAGUGGUUGUUGAAGAUAGAAUUGAUGACAAAGUUGUUCAAAAUGUUGUGACUAUUCAGGGUUUGACUUCUUCCGGGUAUCUGCUGGCUAUUGGAGAUGACAAUCAAAUGUAUGAGCUUCGCCCUGAUGGCAAUAGUUUCGAUUUUCUCAAAGGUCUGAUCAGAAGAAAGCUAUGAUCCGCAGCAUCUUCUGGUGGAAGAAACUCUUGUUUUAAGCACACCAAGAACACAAACUAUUAUCAGUACAGAAUAAACAAACUGCUUAUUUCUUUGAUGUGGAUAUGGUCUUUAUAAUCCAUUUAGCCUGGUGGAAUUGUGGUGAUAAUUGAUGUUGCCAAUCUAAGAACUGCAUCUACUUGUGACACAUUUUUAUGAUGUAUUUAUCAGCAAGCUGAUGAGCCUGCAGCAAAACAGGGAA